UCUUCUGUGCCAUCAUACAAUAACAGUGCUCUAAAAGCCCAUUCUCACCAUAGCAACCUCAGAUGAACAUAAAACACUUGAUGAACAAUAUCAGAUGGGGUGGAAAGACCGGACUUACAUGUUAUGUCACCCUGAGAAAUCUGUUCAACAGCACACUGGAGAGAAGCAAGACGUCAUGCAGUAACUGGCACUCACAGGCUAUCCUCGUGCCAUGGCCCACGCAGGCCCAGAGAUGCAUUGGAGAUGGUUGGAGCUCCAUGACUCUGUGUCUAUGGGGUCUGUGGAGAGGAAGGUCCGGACAGCUGCAGGAACAAGACAGUGGAGGAUUCACCGUCGACCCAAACCCAGGCACACUCUCUUGGAUGAGCGGAGGCUGCACUAUGCUGCUUGGGAGGGUUGUCUGGAGCAAGUCAGGGCCUUGAUGGAACGUGGGGUGCCUGCUAACUGCCAGGACCCGUAUGGUUGGACAGCUGUCCACCACGCCUCUUUCAAGGGUCAUCUCAUGCUGAUCAAGUUCCUGUUGCAAACCGGCCAGGUGGAGGUAAACAGCCAAGACUUCUUUAACUGCACUCCCCUGCACCGCUCUUGCAGCGGAGGGAACCUCGAGACCACAGCCUUUCUCCUCCAGAAGGGGGCAUCACAUUCAGCAAGGUCCUGCUCUGGCCAGACACCCCUUCACCUGGCUGCAGCCAGUGGACACCUGGGCACGGCACGGGUUUUGCUCCAGCAUUUGGCCUCCCCAAACCCCCAGGACUUUCAUAAGUGGACACCCCUGCAUUGGGCAGUCUUUGGAGGCUGGGGGGACGUGGCAGAGCUCCUGCUAGAUAAUGGGGCAGACGUGGAGGGAGGAAAAGGUGUGGGCAUGAGCCCUCUGCAGCUGGCAGUGCUGACAAGGAAUGAGGCGGGGGUGAGACUGCUGCUGCACCGAGGUGCAGAUGCCAAUAUGAGGGGUCCUAAUGGGCGCACAGCCAUGCACCUUUGUGCCUGCUCUGGAGACAAGAAGAUCCUCCAGCAGCUGUUAACAGUAGGGGCCAAGGUUGAUGUCAGGGAUGGAGAUGUGGCGUCUCCGCUGCAUCUGGCUGCCCGCAGUGGCUCCAGGGCUGUAGUGCACUUGUUGAUUCUGAAUGGAGCAGGACUUGAGGACAGGGACAACCUCAAAAUGACACCACUGCACUACUCAGCACUCAGGGAUAAUGUUGAGGCUGCCAAACUCUUGCUGCAUUAUGGGGCAGAUGUGAAUGCUGUGGAGAGGCUCGGACAGACACCUUUGCACCUGGCCUCAGAGAGGGGUCACUGCAAGGUCUUCAAGGUUCUGCUAGACAAAGGUGCUGAUCCUGCUCUAAGGAGCAGCUGGAGAGAGACAGCAGAGGACGUUGCAAGGACACACAAUCAGCUAGGCAUCAUCCAGCUCCUUCAGCAACACCAGACUGUCAGGAUGAGCGAUCGAGCUCAGGACAGCAUGCAUAGAUAGAAGAAAAAACAGAGAAUUAAAGGGAUAGUUCAUCCAAAAAUGAAAAUUACUCCAUGAUUUACUCACCCUCAAGCCAUCCUAGGUGUAUAUGACUUUCUUCUUUCAGACGAAUAUGAUUGGAGUUAUAUUAAAUAAUGUCCUGGCUCUCCUAAGCUUUAUAAUGGCAGUGAAUAGAGGAUGAGAUUUUGAAGCCCAAAGAAAGUACAUCCAUCCAUCAUAAAAGAUAUCCACACGGCUCUGGGGGGUUAAUAAAGGCCUUCUGAAGCGAAGCGAUGCAUUUGUGUAAGAAAAAUAUCCAUAUUUAAAACUUUAAAAACGUAAAUAACUGCCUUUCGACAGACAGCCAUUCGCACGUCGACUUGCGCCAAAAGAGUAUCACCUGACGUGAUGUAGGAGUAGUGUAAGCUUUGACGCCUCUCACUGUUCAGACAAAUAGGGCUGGACAACAAACUCAAGCUCCUCUUCUCUUAUAUCGAAAUCCUCUGACAUUUCUCUUAGAAAAUUCUCGUUUUAGACUUCUAAUUCAUGACCGGUGUUUUGUUUUGCUUCCGCGUUCAUCAGUGUGUCAUGUGUCAGGUCAGAGUUCACUCUUUUGCCGUAAAUCGAUGCAUACAGACGUCUUUCGGAAGCUAAUUUUUUUUUAGUUUUUAAAGUUUUAAAUAUGGAUAUUUUAAUUACACAAAUGCUUCGCUUCAGAAGGCCUACACAGAGCAGUGUAGUAAUCUUUAAUGAUGGACGGUUGCACUUUUUUGGGCUUCACAAUCUCAUCCUCUAUUUACUGCCAUAAAGCUUAGGAGAGCCAGGACAUUUAAUAUAACUCCGAUUGUAUUCCUCUGAAAGAAGAAAGUCAUAUACACCUAGGAUGACUUGAGGGUGAGUAAAUCAUGGGGUAAGUUUCAUUUUUGGGUAAACUAACCCUUUUUAUGAUCACACAGAGGAUAACUAUAACGAUAAAUAAGUUUUAAUAAUCUUUCUUAUUUCACACCACAACUAUAACGAUACAGAGGAACAAUAUUGAUGGAAUCACUUUCAAAACUAUUUUUUUCUAGCUGAUAAACGAUAAAAAUGAUGGUGGAAUUGGAGUCUUGCGAUUGUAGUUUAGUUUUAGCUUUUUACUUUAGGCUUCUUCAUAAAAGUUGUUCAUUUUUGAAGAUUAUCAUGAUGAACAAAACGUGUGAGAAUAAUAAAUGUUUGUCGGUCACACAGUUUAUAUUCUGCAAUAAUCCAUCCUAUUGGAAUUUUGUCAAGGGACUGGCGAUGCUGACUUGGUGAUGGUUGGCCUACAAAAAUACAUCACCUCUGCAGCACUCUAUUGACAGCCAGUCAGAAUCCACCUGAGAUCGAGCAUUUAAAGCGGCAGACGACUUAACUGCAGCACACGCUUAUAACAGAAUGUUAUCAUGCGUUGAUGUGGAUGAUAAUAUAGUUAUUGUUAUAGUUAUCUUCAUCGUGUGAAUGGGCCUUAAACAAAAGUUCCAGUCUACUGAUUUGAUUGAACAAGUGGCAUUCCAAAAUAUUUUGUGUAAAUGUGUGGUCACAUUUACUGUUUCACAAAUAUUCAUGGUCGAAAUCGAGUAAUUUUUAUAGGAAUAUGCGCAAUCAGGAAUUUAGCUUGAGGGCAAAAGAUUUCCCCUUGCAGAUUUCGCUCGGGUUCAUGUUGAUCAUGCGAAUUCACGAUGUUGACCAACAGAAAGCUGCUUGGUUUGAAAGUGACUUCUGUCAGAGUUGUGACCUUUGUGCCCGUGAAUUUUACAGAAAUUUCUCUAAUGUGACUUUACCUUAACAGAAGUGGAACUACUCUUUGUACCUGAUCUUCCCUAUCAAAACAUUGCCAUGGUAAACAUAAUUUCUGUCAAAAUGCCAUAGCUAGAAAUUACAGGGGAUGGAACAAAAUUGAGGUUUAUUCUUAAGUUUUUUUCUUUUUCUUUUCUUUAUUUUUCUAUUUUGAACAGUGGUGGAUAAAACUUCAAGUAGUAACUUUAGUGCCUAUAGUAUUGGUGCAAAGUAUGGUUAGCAACUUAUAUUUUUAAGGGUCUAUACAGAAAUAAAAUCCUCUUCAACAAUCAGAUGCUCGGGUGACAAUUUCUAAUAAAGCAGGUAUAAUUUCA